UGUGUUCACCCCCAUACCCAGGGGCCCCUUAUUUGGUGCUUAUCAGGGGCCUGCCAAUACCAGAUCGCGCCACCAACAUUUGUGACAACCGGAAGCCCCCCAAAAACAUGAUGUCGAGAGCUCACUAGUCCGGUCAAGAAUCCUGGUGGCCCCAUCUCCACCUGCGGCGUGAAGAGCCCAGAGGGCUCAGGGCAGGGGGUCCUGAGGGGACUGUUUGGGCACACCAGGGGCUGGGCUGGAGCAGAUGAGGGUCCUUGGGCUCGGAACAAAGCAGAUGGAGGGUCCAGACUUGGGCCGGAGCAGACGGGGUCUGUGCUGCAGCUCGGCCAGGGGGUCUUCUGCUGGCACGCUGGGCAGCUCCGGGAGACAGCGGCCACUCCUCAUCAAGAGGGGGCGUCGCCAUGGUGGGCUUCUUGAGGUGCGCGACGCAGGAGGUGAGAAACCGCAGGCUAAUCUGUCCGUCCCCCGGGGAACUCUCUUCCACGUGACCACGGGUGCGCGUUCGGGCCAGCAGCGCCGGGAGCGCCCCGCCCGCCGCGAGGAAGGGGCGGAGCCGCACCGCCCCCCGCGCACUGGGCAUGCCCGGAACCGCCGUGCCCGCGGCUGCCGGCCAGCACGGACUCUGCCCGCCAUGGAGCGCAUUGAGGGGGCGGCCGUGGGCCCCUGCACUGCCUCGCCUUACCUGCGGCCUCUCACGCUGCACUACCGCCAGAAUGGUGUCCAGAAGUCCUGGGAUUUCAUGAAGACUCAUGACAGUGUGGCCAUGCUCCUGUUCAACACCACGCAGCGGAGCCUGGUGCUGGUCAGGCAGUUCCGGCCAGCUGUGUACGCGGGUGAGGUGGAGCGACACUUCCCAGGCUCCUUGGUGCCUGGGGACCAGAACAAGCCCCGGACGCUGCCAACAGCGCUGCCCGGCACGGCAGGCGUCACCUACGAGCUGUGUGCGGGCCUCGUGGACCAGCCAGGGCUGUCCCUGGAAGAGGUGGCCUGCAAGGAGGCCUGGGAGGAGUGUGGCUAUCGGCUGGCCCCCUCAGACCUGCGCUGUGUCGCCACCUACAAGGCGGGCGUCGGGCUGACCUGCUCCAACCAAGCCAUGUUCUAUGCUGAAGUGACGGAUGCUCAGAGGACCGGCCUGGGCGGGGGCCUGGCGGAGGAGGGGGAGCUGAUCGAGGUGUUCCACCUGCCUCUUGACAGCGCCCAGGCCUUCGCGGAUGACCCUUCUGUCCCCAAGACCCUUGGUGUCAUCUUCGGGAUCUCUUGGUUCCUCAGCCGUGUGGCCCCGGGCUUGCGUCCCCAGAGAGAGUAGAUUCUGGGGGCAGGGGAGGCCUGUCUGUCUGCUCAUGGGACCAAUAAACCAAGUGCAGCUCUG